UUUUUAAUGGACUUUCAAUGCAACUUUUAGAGCUUCUAAAGACUGACAGGACCCCUUCAAAUAAAGUGUUACCAACUUGUUUUUAUAAGAUUCAACAUAUGAUGCUCUAGCAUUGUUGAAUGAGUUUUAUUUUGUCUUUCUGUACUCUUUCAUCCACACAAUACAGAUGUGAUUGUCCUUUGUAAUGUUAUUACUCUUUUUAAUUUCUGGACAUAAUUGUUUUUUUGUUUUUUUUUAGAUUUUCUCUUAAAGAUGUUGGAAAUCUCAAAUUCACUUUAAUAAUGGAGAAAAAAAAUACUAAUUCAAGUGGACAUUGAGCAUCAAUGGUUAUAUUUUGCUUAAUAAAAGGGGGGAAAAAACCAAAGGAUAAAUGUUUAGUUGUGUUUUGUGGCAGAAUAUUACAUACAGCCCUGGGAAAGCUAUUACUAUAAAAGUUGAAUGUAAUGCUACUAAAUUAAACUUUUCUCUUUGGAAAGCAUGGAGUGGCAUACAAUCAAUAGACGACACUUGACAGAGUUCAAAGGCACUAGAAGCCUUGUUAUUUCAGCCUAAAUGUCUGAUUUUUGCAUAGAUUUGCAUAUGGAUGUUGCUGUACAUGUCUUACUUUUUUUUGUGCCAAGAAAAAUAUAUUUUUUUCACUGUUUUGUCUGAAGAUUUGGAAAAUUAGCAAAUAUCCCAAGUGAUUGUAUCAAGUUCUGUGACUGAAAAGGAUUCAGAUACUGAAUAAAUAAGCAAAAUCAGAAAGGGUGUUUUUAAAACAGCCUCUAGAUUAUGUCAUAUACUUGCUCUUUAUGGACUGUGAUAGAUUGUGCAUCAUUUUAACCCUUAUUGGGAGGAGACAGCAAGAGGUUCUGGGUGCAUCAAAUUUUCAAUAUAAUUUUGGUUUUCAUGCUAUUUUAAUAUCUAUACUAUUAAUCUCAGUGUCAGAAAAAUGAAAACAACCAAUUUGUGUGAAUGAUCAAAAUGUUUUAAUAUGCCCCCGUUUUCUGUGGAUGUAAAAUACACUGUUUUGACUAAUUUGACAGGUGUCUGGGGUAUUUAUCCACCAUUCACUUCUCUCAUAAUGGAAAGGAUGUUUGAUAUUUUACAGUUUUCCCCUAAAAUCAUCUCCUAUGUUUUUAUUCCACAUUAAAUAGUAGACAAUUGUUGCUAGACUAUGCCACAAAAAAAGCCUGCUAGCACUUUGAAAUGCCUUUUUGCAGAAAUGUGCUAUAUAGAUCAAAUUUGACAGAUUUUGCACCCAGUUUCUAGCCCAGCAACUGCGUAGUCAUCCAAACGUUUCUCCAGAUGACAGCACUCUGAUAGGAUCUGAAAGUCUGAGAUGUACAGAGUGACAAAGUAGUUUGGUCAUUGCUCACAAACCCCUAGUUUGGGGCGCAGCAGUGAAAUCUGGGCGGUCUGUUUUUUGUAGCAUGGGUGGAGCGCACAGCCAGGAAAUGUUGAGAAGAGGAGGCUGAGUGAGAGAAACUGUCCCCGAGUUGUUCGCAUGGAGGCUGCUGCUUUUACCGGAUGGACUUUAUCAACAUGAACUUCCACUUGAAGGGCGCGCGCAGGAUGUGAAAUACAGCUGUCUCGAUGUCUGCUUGGUGCCUAAUCCGGUGUGUUAAACUGCCAAUUCAAGAUGCAGGGAACCAUUGCACGUGUCUGCAUGGUGGUGGCCGCUGCCAUACUGAAUCACCCGUUACUCUUCCCCCAUGAAAACACCACGCUGCCGGAGCAAGAUGAGGAUCUGGUGGCACGGAUGCGGGAGCACGAAGAGAUGCUGGAGAUGGAGCAUGCCAGGCUGGCGAAAGAGCUUGCGCAGCUGGACUCCGAGCUGGAGGAGACCUCAUCGGAUCAAGGUUUCAGUUGGUACUUUUGGAGCGCCGUGUCUUUCGUCAUAUUCCUUGCCAUCGAGAUGUGCAGAGCAGAUAUUGCAGAAGAUGAAAUUCGUCCAGUUGAGGACGAAGAUGUAAUAUCUGAGACCGUAUCCGUCCCUCCCAGGAUGAUGGAUAAGAAUGCCCUGAGGAACUUCUGCGAUAAAUGCGCCUACACUUCGUCCCAUGAAAACUGGAAAGUGAGGGAGUUUGUGGAGGGUUUUGCCGACGACCUGCUAGAGUCGCUCCGGAGCAUGUGCGACAGGGAGGUGGACAUGGAGGUUGGUGAUUUCAUUGGAGUAGGAAGCAUGUUUGAGUCUUGGAAGGUGUGCCAGCCUCUGAUGUGUGACCUUUUAGUGCCUUUCACACCUCCUGAUCCUCACUCUUUCCAGUACCAUCUGUGGUGCAGCUCCUCUAGUGACAUUCCACCAGACAUGCAGUGUUCUGGCACCAUAAAGGUGACCAUGUUUGGGGAGAAUGAAGAGGCCUGCCUAUGUGGUUCUGCCAACCUUGGGGAGGAUGUGCUUUGUCUGUUGCAUAAUAAGAACAAGGUGGUCAAAGUGAACCGCAGCCCAGAUGAACUCCUGUGCUCCUCUGGCACACAUUUCUUAGCCAAAGAUCAAAUCAUGCGGUGGUUUCAGAUCGCCGUCACCAAAGCGUGGGCAGGCAUCUCCCACAAAUACGACUUUGAGGUUACUUUUCGGAGCCUGGAUGCUGCUGGUGCUCUGAAGAUCCGAUUCCGUUCUGGAAAAGUCAUUGUACUGAACCUCAUCCCUGUGGUCCAGCUGGAAGACACAAACGCUUAUUUUGUCUCGUACUUUCCGUCAGAUCACAACAGUUUCCCAGACCCAUACUGGCCUCUCUCCUUAGCUGUCUGCGAGAGAAAUUUGCUGAAGUAUUUAGCUAAGCGACUACCACAAAAUUCUUGCCACUUGCACUGCCUUCAGGUCGCUACUUUUCUGCACAGAAAGCAGUUGAGUCUGACAGGAGAAUCUGCCCUCACCAGCUACCACUUCAAGACCGCCAUGGUGCACUUGCUACUCAGCACCAAGACCUCUGCAUGGGGAACAGCCAGUUUGGAGCAUAGGCUUCAGGAUGUGUUCAGCUUCUUGCAGAAGAGCUUGCAGGAGAAGAGACUGUACCACGCUCUAAUCGGGAACAGAAAAGUGCCUCGGGACAUUCGGGUUCCUGAGAGAUUCCGCAAAGCAGAACCCAUCAAUCUGUUCAGGUCAUUGGUGCUGAGGAGGAAGCUUUAUGCAGCGACCGUUAGGCACUUCCAAGAAAUGUUGAGAAAUGCACCUGUUCUUAUAGAAGAGUACACACCUUAUUUAUCCAAUGGAUGUUAACACCACCGCCUGGAAGAGAGCUUGUAAGCAGAGGCACAGCUUAAUAUGGCUCACCAUCCAGGCUGGCUGAGCCUGAGAGCAAGCUCAGAAUAUCACCAAUAAAAUAGUUAGUGACUGAU